UUUUUGAGCUUGCUGAGCUAAUCCAGGGCAGGUUGCAGAUUCCGUUCAGCAUUCGCGGAGCCCCUUCUGAAUCCUCCUUCCUCUGAACGUCCACGGGACGAAAUCGAUUUCCCGCAAUCCACUGCUUCUCCAACUCUUCUACCUCUCUCGAAUUUUGAAGCUUCUUCCGCACUUUUCCGGAAGCCGAAAGAGUCUCCAGUCCUCCGGGAGGAUCACGCCUUUAAAUGGCUUGUGAAAUGCGAAUCGCCCAAACCCAGUGCUUCUCUACCUGCCGAACCCCCUUGUUCUCUCUGCCGCUCAAGAAGCUUGGGGUUCAAGUAGCGGUUCGGCGUUCAGGGGAGUCCAGAGGGUUGGGUGCUCGUGGGAGGAUGAACGGCGUGAGGCUGAAGAUCGAUGUGGUUGUGAGGGCGACGACGACGGAGAUGUCGAAGAAGCGGCGUUAUGGGGAGGAGGCGAAGGGGUUUGUGGAGGAGAUGAGGGCUGUGGCGAUGAGGCUGCACACCAGGGAUCAAGCUAAGGAAGGGGAGAGGGAGCCGGAGGGGAACCCGGUGGCGAGAUGGGAGCCGACGGUGGAAGGGUAUCUUCGGUUUUUGGUGGACAGCAAGUUAGUGUAUGAUACGCUGGACUCCAUUAUCGCUGAGGCAGCUCAUCCUUUCUAUGCUGCAUUCAAGAACACAGGACUGGAAAGAUCAGCAAACUUGGCCAUGGAUUUAGCGUGGUUCAAGGAGCAAGGCCAUGCCAUCCCAGAGCCUUCAACUCCUGGGCUAACUUAUUCUCAGUUGUUGAAAGAGCUUUCUAAGGAGGAUCCCCAGGCAUUCAUUUGCCAUUUUUACAACAUCUAUUUUGCUCAUACUGCUGGUGGUCGGAUGAUUGGUAAAAAGGUGGCUGAGAAGAUAUUGGAUGGCAAAGAACUUGAAUUUUACCAGUGGGAAGGAGAUCUUCGCCAACUGUUACAGAACGUGAGGGAAAAACUCAACGAAGUAGCUAAUGAUUGGUCUAGAGAAGAAAAGAACCAUUGUCUUGAAGAGACUGAAAAAUCAUUCAAUUAUUCGGGCGACAUACUCCGCUUAAUAAUGUCAUAACAUUUCUACAAUUUCAUAAUGCAAUUCACCAAAUGUUAAUGGGUUGUGUCGCUUAUUGGAUUGUCAUCGAACCUUUGUAAUGAAUUAACCUCUGUAAUAAAUGUGACUGUCAUCAUGUUGGAAGAAGCAUGUUGUUUACCAUCUAUCUUUACCUAUUGAUGUUGUUAAAAAUCAUGUAAUAUUGAUUUGAGCACAUUCUGCAAAUGA